AUGACGGAAAGGGGCGAAGGACACAAACGGUCUCGAAGUUCCCUGGCACUGGCGCUUUUACACCGCGAUAGGUCGAAGGAUAACCGUGAAGAGCCGGUCGUUCGCGAUAGUGGCUCCUCCGAAUCCGCCACGUCUUCCCUUGCCAAUAGUACUCCAUCCAUAUCUGGAGUUCCAGCUACCCGAAGCUCCAGCCGCCGAAGUACACGCCCUCAAGAGCCAAACCUACGUCCCAUGUCUGCUGAACCGCCACAAGAGCCCACGGGCCCGCACAGAAGCGGGGAUAACAUUGAGAAGCUACCCUCCAUAUCACAUGCCGAGACCAGUAGCAUGUCUUUAGAUCAGUCAGUCCGGACUUUUCGUCUAUUCGAGAUCUUACGGAGCGGCGACACGAAUGCGAUUUCGAAAGCCAUCAGAGAGAGUAAGGAGCCGCAGGGAGCAAAUGCCCUAUCUGGGACAACUAUUCUCCACCUUGCGAUUCAAUGCGCCGAGCCGCAAGUUGUCGAAUUCGUGCUGUCCUCUAGCCAGGACCUUGACAUAAACGCGCGUGAUCGGGAGGGCAAUACGCCUCUUCAUUUGGCCGCUCAGCUUGGACGAGGUCCAGUGAUUCGCGAACUGCUAAACCAACCCUCUAUUAACGAUUCGAUCAUAAAUUACAACGGCCAAACAGCUCUUGAUAUUGCGCGCACUCCAGAAAUCUUCCAGCAACUUCAGCUGGCUCGCUCACUGUUCAUUGACAUCAAGACCCAAGAGAUCCAAGCGCUCGUCUCUCAAGGAGAAUACGAAAAACUGGAGAAGGCGCUCGAAGAGCCCCGUGUAGAGGGCAGCAUCGAUGUCAACAGUUUAGAUUUAGUAACGGAUCCUGCCACUGCCCAGUCUGGGGGCACGUUGUUGCAUGAGGGGGCAAGGAAAAAGGACACACAACUGAUUCAGAUCCUAUUGAUGCAUGGGGCGGACCCCUUCCGUCGUGACAAGAAGGGGAAAUUGCCUCAGGAUGUUACUAAAGAUGACAAGACCCGUGCGAUCGUCAAGAAAUCUCCAGCAGCAGUCAUCGCACAACGUGGUAUACAGGAAAAAGCGAUUCUCGGCACCAGCGCAGCUCAAGGUGUGUCUGGCCGCUCAGGCGGGAGCGAGGCGCCUUUUGCUGGCAAGGAAGCCCGUGAAAUGAGGGGUUAUCUAAAGAAAUGGACAAAUUAUACAAGUGGCUAUAAAUUGCGAUGGUUCGUUCUAGAAGAUGGUGUGCUGAGCUAUUAUAAACACCAAGAUGAUGCGGGCUCCGCCUGCCGAGGAGCGAUCAAUAUGAAAAUUGCUAGGCUCAAUAUGGAUGCGCAGGACAAGACCCGCUUCGAGAUCCAUGGAAAGUCAUCCGUCAAAUAUCAUCUCAAAGCGAAUCACGUUGUCGAGGCCAAGCGUUGGUUCUGGACUCUAAACAACGCCAUACAAUGGGCCAAGGAUGAGGCGAAGGAGGAAGAGAAGCGCCAAUCGAAACAUGCUGAAGUACUUCGCCAGGCCAAGAUUGAGCAAGUGGAAGGCCGAUUGUCCGAGACCAUAUCCGACUCUCCAAGUUCAGCUAUUCCAAGAUCCAACGUGAAGAGCCUUGCACCCCCUUCCAUCAAUAUACCAAGUAGCAGUGGCACACGGCUCAGCACGUACGCGUCCCACACAACCGCAGGGAGCGCGCCCGAAGACGAAGAAAGCUCCUUGUACGGGUCAAUGGAGCACGCCGCUGCACCAAAUGAAGUCAAUCGGGUUCUGAGCCAUGUGACCUCGGCGCCAGAUAUUGACGGUGAUGACGAAGAGGAAGGUGACUAUGCGUCCAGUCAUGAUAUGCAGCCCACGGACAAAGAUGCUUUGAACAUCACUGCCCAGUCAACGAAACUCCAGCUUGACAUCCUUGCCAAUGUCGCGUCUUCGCUGCAAGCGGAAAAGUCAAAGAAUCCUGCCACAUCACUCUCCGAUCCAGCAGUUGAUCAGGCUUUAGUUGCAUAUGAAGCAGCUGUGAGUAGUUUACAAGGUUUAGUGCAGAGCCUUUUGAAGAUAUCCCGGGACCGUGAUGCGUAUUGGCAGUAUCGCUUGAAUAGGGAGGCAUACUUGCGCAAGAUGUGGGAGGAAAGCAUGGCAAGGAUCGCUCAGGAACAUGAGGAGCUUCAGUCACGAAUGGGCGAGUCCGAGGAAAAACGUAAGCGUACCAAGCGGGCGUUGAAGGAAGCGUUGGAAUCAACAGCCACGAGCCGUGCAGUCAGUAAAGCUCCGUCGCGCGCACAGGUUGCCAGUGGAGAAGUUGCCGAUGUCGAACACGAGACUCAAGAGCCGGAGCCAGCAGAAGUCUCGCCAGAAUUCGAGAACCAAGAACCUAGAGGUACUCUUCGUCGUAGGAAGUCGGCUAUGUCCAAUAUCAGCACUCUCUAUGACUCGGAGUCUGAGGAUGAAGACGAGUUCUUUGAUGCCAUUGAUUCCGGAGAAAUUGAGGUGGAGAAACUUGCUGGCUCGGAGGACGGCGAACAGAAGCCUCUGGAGGAGACCAAUGAGCUCCGAACCGCGAAGAGAUCUGAAAUUGUGCCUUCGUUCAAGGGAUAUGAAGAACCCAUCCGGCAGAGACUGAAGAUGGAUUACGACAAUAGACCGAAGAUUUCGCUCUGGGGGAUUUUGAAGUCAAUGAUUGGGAAGGAUAUGACGAAGAUGACUCUCCCGGUAUCCUUCAAUGAGCCUACAUCCCUGCUUCAACGCGUGGCCGAGGACUUGGAAUACGCAGAUCUACUUGAUAUUGCAGCGGACCGACCCGAUUCUAUGGAGCGUCUGGUGUAUGUCGCUGCGUAUGCUGCAAGUGAAUAUGCUUCUACAAUUGGCCGUGUUGCUAAACCGUUCAAUCCUCUUCUUGGGGAGACAUUCGAAUAUGUCCGGCCGGACAAAGGGUAUCGGUUCUUUGUCGAACAAGUCAGCCAUCAUCCCCCGAUUGGUGCUGCUUGGGCCGAGUCGCCAAAGUGGGACUACUAUGGCGAGUCUGCUCUGAAGUCCAAGUUUUACGGAAAGUCGUUCGACAUUAACCUUUUAGGGACAUGGUUCUUAAAGCUACGGCCAGCAUCUGGUGGAGAGGAGCUGUAUACUUGGAAGAAGGUCACAUCUUCCGUUAUUGGCAUCAUCACCGGUAGCCCCACAGUGGACAACUAUGGCUUGAUGGAAAUCAAGAAUUGGACCACAGGCGAAGUUUGCUAUUUGGAUUUCAAACCAAGGGGCUGGAAGGCUUCAUCCGCAUAUCAGGUGACGGGCAAGGUCGUGGAUCGGGAUGGGUCGCCCAAGUGGAGUAUCGGUGGUCGAUGGAACGAUAAGAUCUACGCGCGCCAUACCCCAGGGUUCGAGGCGACAGUUUCCGGCCAGGAUCCUGAAUCGGCUAAGACAUUCCUGGUCUGGCAAAGCCAUGAUCGGCCGAGCGGGAUUCCAUUCAACCUCACACCAUUCGUCAUCACUCUAAACGCUUUGCCUGAAGGGCUCAAGGAGUGUCUCCCACCUACCGACACACGACUUCGACCCGAUCAGCGUGCGAUGGAGGAGGGUGAGUAUGAUUUAGCCGCCACGGAGAAACAUCGAGUGGAGGAGAAGCAGCGCGCCAAGCGGAGAGAAAGAGAGACGAAGGGCGAGGAGUAUAAGCCCAAAUGGUUCAGUAGGGCCAAGUGCCCGGUCACCGGUGAAGAGUAUUGGGCACACAACGGACAAUACUGGACGAGUCGCGAGAGCGGCGACUGGAGCGCCUGCGAGGACAUCUUCUAA